CCUAGGUCUGAUCUCCUACGAUGGGUACAUUACUACUGGCAUCUAGGCUUUAGUGACAAGGAUAUCGCCAACCAUGUGAUGGAUCACUUCAACCAUGAAGAGUAUGGUAUAAGCUACAAAUCUGUUCAACGAAUACGGAAUGACCUUCAGCUUCUGGGUACACAUCAAAGAAAAGCUUCAUUCGAAACCAUAAUGCCUUAUUUUCUGGAGCUUCGCGAGUUAUACCCAAAUAUGGGAGCACGCGCUAUGGUGACAGUCUUGAGACAGGAAUAUGGCAUUAAAGUUCCAGAAAAGCUGUUAAAUGAUUUUUUCAAAAAAUUUGAGCCCGAUAAAGUUAAGCAACGAAAAUACAAACGUUUCAAGCGACGGCGAUUCUGGGCUGCGGGAAUCAUGGAUGUCCUUACUAUGGACCAGCAUGAUAAGCACCAGCGGUUUGGCUUACGGUAUCAUCUGGGCUUUGACCCUUUUCCUGGACGGAUUGCUUGGUUUCGAGUUUGGUGGUCAAAUCGCAAUCCCAAGGUUACAUCAAAGUAUUUCCUAGACUCUUCACGAGAAAGAGGAGGUGUUCCUUUAGUUUCGCAAAGUGACCCAGGCUCAGAAAACUAUGGCCCCGCAAACUGUCAAACUGCUAUUCGACACCGUCUUGAUCCAAGUCUUCAGAACACCCGUCAGCAUCGGUGGAAGAACCAUACUCAGAACGUCAAACCAGAAUCAGUAUGGUCCCAGAUGCGGAGAAAUUUUUUUCCUGGGAUUGAAAAUGUUCUUGAACGUGGCGUCAUCAAUGGAUUAUUUGACAUUAACAAUCCUCUGGAAAAGUUGACACUGCGGUUCUUGGCCAUACCUAUGAUUCAAGCACUGUGUGACUCAUAUGCCCGUCGCUAUAAUUCUAGUCCCAGACGGCCUGACAAGCGCAAGGUUUUACCGCAAGGAAUUCCAGAUAUAAUCUGUGCCAAACCACACUUGUACAAUACAGAGGAUUUUACGGUGAAAGUUCCUCAUGAGCUUUUCGAUGAGAUGGAAGCGAAAUACGCACCACCUGAUGACCCUGCUCUGCAACUCACUCCACCUGAAUUCCAAGUGCUGGCCGACACUGUCUAUGCAUCACUCGGUAGCCCUGUCAUAACAUUAAACAAUCUAUGGGGAGUGUACUCGGAUAUGCUCGAAGGUUUGCGACUACUUAGGGAAGCUCAAACUGAAUCUUUUCAGACAGUUUUGCAAGGAUCGGAUGCAGCUUUUAACUGUGAAAUGCCGUUGAUCCCCGGCUUAGAGGAACUGCGUGAAGGCCUUGAAAUUGUUCCAGGUGAGUCUGAAAGUGGAGAUGAUGAGGAUCACAGAGAGUAUGCUGACUGGACAGACUUAGAGGACGAAGCAUAG